AUGUUAGCCUAUUGGGCUGUCGUCUGGUGGCCGAAAUCCCAGCAGACGACAGCUAGACAAAAGCUCAGCCAAGUACAAAGGAUUGCCUGUCUGAGCAUAACUGGAGCUAUGCGAACAACACCCACCAUAGCAAUGGAGGCAAUGCUGUGUCUGCUACCUCUGGAUAUUUAUCUAAGAGAAAUGGCUUUGACAACUAUGCUUCGCCUCAAGAACGUUGGUUUAAAACCGGAUGUAGGAUGCGGAGAAGUUAGAAGUUGCCUAUGGAGUGAGGUCGUCAGGAAGACGCCCCUUCUGCAGGCAGACACUGACAGUUAUUCUCCCUGGUUUGCAUUUGAUAAACCGUACACUGUACUCACAAAGAGACAAGAGGAGACAGCCCGUGGAGAUGUAAUCAGCGUCUUCACAGACGGAUCAAAAAGGAAGGAGGAAUGUGGAAUAUGCUCUAGAUCCCUGCACAUCCGAUAUCAGUGGGCAAUAGAUAGGCAUGCUACCGUUGUACAAACGGAGUUAACAGGCAUAAUCAUAGCCGCUAAGGAAAUUGCCCGCAGACAUACUACGGGUAAAACCAUCAGAAUCUACACGGGUAGUAGACGAGCGCUACUGACCCUGCGCAAUCAUAAGAUAAUGACUAGGACAUUAUGGGAAUGCCAUCAAGCACUGGUUGUGGCCUCAGCCUCUAACAGCAUAUCUGUAUGCUGGGUAAAGGGACACGAGCAGUGCUAUAGCAAUAAAGAAGCGACAAGCUAG